AUGAUUAUAGACAACUCCAUAACAGUUAACGGGAAAAAGCCAAAAUUCGACUCCAUUGUCGAUUUUCUGGACUGGUACAGUAGCUGGCUAGAACAUGUAGAUUUAGAAGAGGUUCGGGAAAAUCUAGCUUCAAGUUUGGUGAGCAGUAGGAACCGGUUGGUCCGUUGCGAGUAG